GUACUGACCCCAACUAUUCUGAAAUGGCCAAAAUGUCUUCUUCCGUGGAACUUCACCAGAAAUUGAAUCGCUUAGAAGCCAGUUUGCGGGCAGAGAACGAAGCAAGAAAGAGGGACAGACCGUCCAUCGACUUCAAGCUGGAUUCUCCCAAGAUUCACAGGCAAAGGCCGGCUCUGAACCUGCCAGAUCAUGGCCAGUCACCGUCAAGAGGGGGUGGGGUUCAAGGUGGAAAGCACAAGGGCAAAGAUUUCAACUUCCCUCGGUCGUCUGCUCCUCAGAGGAACUCCAUUGACAGUAGCAGAGAGAUUGAUCGAAAGCUCCAAGAAAUCAUGCGACAGACUGGCAAAUUGACUAUAGAUGGAAAACGUGUGCCUUUCAAUAUAGACUCACUGGAGGCAAUAGACGAGCUGGGCUUUGGCAGCUGUGGUCAUGUAAUACGAAUGAGACACAAGGAGACAAGAACCAUCGUAGCAGUUAAGCAAAUGAGGCGGUCAGGGAACAAGGAGGAGAACAAGAGAAUACUGAUGGAUCUGGAGGUAGUCUUGAAGAGUCAUAACUGUCCCUUCAUUGUGCAAUGCCUUGGCGCCCUCGUCAGUCCGAGUGAGGUGUGGAUCUGCAUGGAGCAGAUGGCAACCUGCCUAGAGAAACUUCUCAAGAGAUUACGGGAACCAAUCCCCGAACAGAUCAUUGGCAAGAUGGUGGUUGCGAUUGUAAAUGCUCUGAAUUAUCUAAAGGAAGUACACGGCGUGAUGCACAGAGAUGUCAAACCGUCCAACAUGCUACUAGAUGAGAAGGGAGUAGUGAAGUUGUGUGAUUUUGGGAUCAGUGGGCGGCUCGUGGACUCCAAAGCUCGGACAAGGAGUGCCGGCUGUGUGGCCUACAUGGCGCCGGAGAGAAUCGACCCGCCUGACCCCGCUAACCCAGAUUACGAUGUCAGGGCAGACGUCUGGAGCCUUGGAAUUUCCCUGGUGGAGCUGGCGACGGGCGAAUUUCCCUACAAGAACUGCAACAACGACUUUGAAGUUCUCGCACGUGUCCUGUCGGAGGAGCCCCCCAGACUUCCGCCAAAGCGAGGCUUCUCGGUUGACUUCCACGCUUUCGUCCAGUGUUGUUUGACAAAGGAUUGCAGUCAGAGGCCCAAGUACAAACAACUCAUGGAGCACAGCUUCUUCAAACGCUACGAGUUGGCCAAGGUGGACGUAGCGACGUGGUUUGCCACCGUCAUGGCGCGGAUGGAGCCCACGCGGUCGCAUUCAACUCCGCGGUUACAAAUGGGGGCCUCCACGUGAGGAGACCGCAGGCUUUGUUACCGGUAUCUUAGAACUGAUGUGGUGGUAUGGUAGGCUGACAUGAGUACAUGUAAUUAAGCACAGUUUGUAGCAUUGUUGUAAGGGAGAUUAAAUUUAAAAAUGUACUUUAGUACGAACGUUAAUUGAGCCAAGUAUCAAGGACUCAAGGAACAUGGGUUUGUAGUCCCCACCCCCUUUUUGCCUUCUCUUGAUCCACACUCUCCCCAGUCACAUUCAACCAAAUGAUCUGGAAGUCGCCAAACCCUUAAAGUCGACCAGUGGAACCGGACUACAUGUACCUGAGUGACUUCUGUGGGACCCUUAUAGCCUACCAGUGGAACCCGAUUGUGGGACCCUUAAAAGUAAAAGUCUACCAGUGGAACCCGUCUACCCGAGUGACUUUUGUGGGGUGUGUAGUUCCCCAAAAUCAACUCAGUAUGAAAAGCCUGAGUAAUGUGUGCAUGAUUAAUUGAACGGCACAAAUAAUUAUGGGUAAAUUUAUAGCAAAUUGAAUGCACAUUGAAAUUUUUGUUCGGAUUGUUCUUGUGUGGAAAGUCGAGCGUGAACCUGUCUUUAUACCAUUAUUUACAACAUGUACAAUCAUUUUAUUCUCACGUUCCGUGUAACAUUUGGACCGGGAAAAGGUUUUUUGUUGUAUUUUUAAUGUUUUUUUUAAUGGUUCAUAGGACAUUAGGAAAAUCAGGUUAGCUGUAUUCCACCUCCACAACACCUCAUAUCCUUCAACAGUUUUUCCAGUGUACUUUCCGUAAAAAACAAAUUGUGAAAACUGUAAGCAUGUACAUAAAUGUUUGGACAUGACCUUUCACAUACUCCAGGCCUGGUAGCUAACCGCCAUGCUAGGAUGCAACCGUCAUCCAGCAGAUGCCGUUUUCUCCCUCGAUGUAAACAUUGGAUACAGCCUCAGUCGUCCAAAAUCCUCCAGCAACUCCUGUCAAUUUGUGGAGGCAAUGUGAAUUGUAUCCUGGAGCAAAGUGGAUGAUUUCUUGUAUCAUCUAGGCCUCAAUUUAUGCUUUGUGGGGCAUGAAUAUCGCCAAGGGCUGGCCCAGGGCCUUGACGCAAACUAUAGCCACACUCUUUGACCACAUGGCCACAAUUCUUUGAAAUCAGCCACUUAUGCAAGGAGUAUUUUGGAGCACUUCAGACAUAUAAGUUAAAAAGCAACCCUGGAUUAACGUUACGAACAUUUUCUGAACGAUUCUUUUAAAGAAGAAUACUGUGCUGAAUCACUAAAUCUUGACAACCGUUUGCCCUUUUUCCGAAGCAGUGGUUUUGACAAAUAUUAUAUGGUACAUGUAGACUUGAUGCCUAGCCUUGUUUCCUUUUGGGUUUUUUUCAUCAGCUUGUCGGCACGUAGAAGUGGUUCACUGUUUGUGUCAACUCUGCAAAGUACAGAGAGCAAUGUUGCCCCUUUUUUGAUGUCUUGAUGAAUUCGUUGCGUCACCAGCAUUGGGUUUUUUCUUUGUUUCACAUAGCUUGUGUGUCAAUACCUUUGUGACUGGUGCGGGAAGAAGACAUUAGAAUAACAGAUUUUUUUUUAAUUAUUAUUUUACUUUUUGUUUUCCAACUAUUGACCUUGGGCACUGCCUACAUGUACAUUUUACAGUCUGUAUAACAGGCAAGCAACGUGCCCUCUGAGGAGGUGGAGUUUUUGGUGUUUUGUCUCAUAUUUUUUGUUCUGCGUUUUGUUUUUGUUUGCAUUUGGGGGGGGGGUUAAUUCUCAUGCAUGGAAAAACACUCUUCAAAGCUGUAAUGUUUGGAAUUUUUCUCCUUUGUUUGAUUCCCCAUCGCAUGCCUGAUAUGCGGCAAGAAGUGCUUAACUACAUGCACACCAGGAUGCAUUUGUUAGUAAUGGUGCACACGUACGUAAAAUGAAGUUUAAAACCAUGCAUCCAUACACAUCAGGUCCUAAAAUAUGACCCCCAAAUACACCCCUUUUUGACUAUGACUGUGAUUAUUUGGAAACUGUAUAAAACUUGGGGGACAAAUGAUGAUGGACCCUCCUCCGAAUGAAAUGGUUUGGCGAAGGGGUGUGGGACGGAUAGCGGUGUGGAGCUUGGUGGAAUUUUGCAGGUCCAUGCACAGGUCCAUACCGACAUCCCCCUGCAGAAAAUGUACCCGUGGUGGCUGUCAUCGACAAAUGCAUGUUCAGGUGACCCAGCUUUCUCCAAUACAUGGCUAGAAUUCGAGAAAUUCCCCCGUCUAGAUGCCUUGUGUCCGAUUUACCGUGGUCCAUCGCCGGCUUUUGUUGACUGCACUUUGAAUUUUUAGGCAGUAACAACAGGUGACCUUUAUCACACAUCAGUUCUUUGAGGGAUGCGCACAUGUACAUAAAUCACGUGGUACAAUAAAACACCACAACAAUGUCUGUAAUAUUGAACAUCCUUUUCUAGUGCAGAGUGUAGCCGGAUAGUUUAUCCAUGUUUUGUGGCAGCUACAUGUAGUAAUCACGUUUAUAUUUUACCUCUCACAUAAGCCAUAUUCAGGGUACAACUGGGUUUUGUUCACGGAUAUGCUUUGGUAUGCGAAAGAAAAAUGGAUCUGAAGGGCUUUCGGGAGAAAAAGGCAUUGACUGAAUGCACUUGCUGCCAUGGAAGACAGUGAAAAUUAUAAUACAAUUAUGAAGCAUUCUUGAAAAGAGCAGUAAAUUUAGAAACUGCGAAGACAGGUUUAUAAUGUCGAGGAAGAGCAAAUUCAUUGACAAAGUUGUCUGUGUGUAUGACUGAAGUAUUACUGGCCUUCUUCGAAGUGGUUCCCCUAAGUUGCUCGCUUUAUACAUGCAGCUUUCCUUGUGAAGGGUGUGUACGUGAACUGUGGAGCGUUGAUUAUGCUCGUUUUGUUAUGGAGGGGUUGGCCAAACAACGAUUUACAACAAAACGGGCUAUUUAUGCACAAUGGCUCCAGGUCCUAUUUCCCUGAGCUGAUAAACUGAAGACUUGACCAAAUUCAAGAUGUUUGGUUGCAGGAACGAUCAUUGCACCGCCCAGGAGUGGCUGGAUUAUUUACAGCCAGUUUUACUGACUGACCUGCAGCUGCAAUUUCUGGAAUUAUUUACAUUUUAUUUAAAAGAAUCCGGUCUUCGUGCAAAAGGGGGGGGGUGAAGCGAUGCAAAUUCAAAAAGGAGCCACUUGGCUCGCUGUUAUAAAUUGAACUUUAAAUAAGCUAUAUUCUCUCCAAGCAGUGCUGAGGAAUUACUGAAGAGGAACCUCUAUCUUCCCUUUUUUGUCUGGCAUUGUAAGCCUUGCUGUCACAAGGAUGUGAGUCGCACGGUGAAAGUCACGACGAGGGGUGGUGAGAUAUUAGGAGGACAUCCAGCGCUUGGUAAUCCUCCUCGGAAUGGAUUAAGCUGGACAUGACAGGCCGGUCAAACUGGGCCAAAGAGAAUCCUGGCCUGGCAUAUUGAAAGGUGUCAGCCAAGUCUCAUCUAUCUGUCGCCGGAGGCGGACAACUUUGACCCCAAAAUGGUUUGCGAUUUUUUCGGUCAGAGAAAGGAAACCAACCUGCAAUCCUUCUUCAAACCUGGCCUCUUUUGAGAGCGUAACUUCGAAAUGGUCACCAGUGGAAUUACGCAAUGCAUGCGAUUUCCUGAUGUUUUUCCUCCACAGGUUAUAAUCUCAAGGAGUCGGUCCUCACUCUUUUUCCGGCUUUCUUGGUUUCCAGUUUGUUUUUUGUGUUUUUUUUUUUUUUGUACAACAAUUACAGACGUUGGUUCUAAAAGCCUCCUUACUUUAGACAGUGAAUAUCAGCUGAAGCAAAAAUUGACCUUUUUCCUGUCAGUCUCUUCCAUUCCUGAGCUUUGCGGAGUACAAACCUGCAGCUGCACAAUUUAACUUGUCAGUGACCCUCCUGAAGUUUUUCUUUUGUGGGCACUUCAGGGCACUGAUGGAAGAACAGUUGUCAAUUGGUAUUUUUUAAUCGUCAUUUCUGUAAUUUUAAUUCCUCAACUUUUGUUGUCCUAUGGUAUCUUUUCGCUCCUAUUCUUGCAGUAAAACCAGGGCCCAUUCCAUGUAGUUGUCGUAACUUGUCAAUUGCUCUGAUGUACCGGGGCACGCCGCACGACUUGCGUGGCGCCAAUGGGUUACCAGUCGUAUAAUUCCAGAAGAGUUCUGCUGUACGUCUCCGUUGUCGGGUGAUUUCUUGCUUAGCGUGCUCAUUUGAUGGGCGGCCUCUGUUUCUGUCGAGCAGCUCCAAGAAACUUGACCCUGGGCAACGAACUCUACCGCAUUUGACUUUGAAUUGCCGGCCCAACAUGAAAGUAGCUCAAGAUUUUAUAGUCCAGAUUGGAAGUCGUUUAAAAUCCUCCGUUGCAAAUUUCGUAUCCCGUUGCUCCAGACAGGCCCCCAAGGCGAACGGUAUUUAAUCUUCUUAGAAAUGGUGGCAAUUGAUUGCUCAAUUGAGCAUCCAAGCAGUUUGAGAGUGUUUAGUUCUAACGAGACCCGUAGGGAUACAUCGAGCGGGUGUAGGUUGCUCUCAAAAUGCCAACAGUUUGACUUGUAAAUAUCUGCACUGGUUCCUGUUGACCUAUGCUUUAGAGAUACCGUGCAUGUUGGAUGGACACCAGUCAUAUUAUUCAGUUAUAACUUAUAUAAGUGAUAAGUACUGUACAUUAUUGUGUUUUGAAGGUGUUUUUUUGUUAUAGAUAAAUCUAAGUAAAACAGGAAAAGUUUGUAGAUAACUCAAUUGUCAAAACGAGAAUAAAAAGAAACAUAUCCUUGUAAGAAAAA